AUGGCAUUGAGUUCAACCCAAUCUGACAAACUUGCCAAUGGCUUUGUCCGUUGUAUGCGUCGCGUGUACAACCCGCUGGGUUUCUCCAAAGGAUACAAUGCCGUCCUUGCAUUCCUUGCACUUGGGUACCUCUUGGGUUUCACCCUCGCCAGAUUGCAAUACCUGUCAUUCAACGGGGUAUUCUGCAAUCCAAACUCCUCCGGCGGUACUGGAGCCGCUCCUGGAGAAUGCUACUACUGGCUGCAAGUACCCUUCAAGAUCGGUGGGUCGACUGUUCAGCGCUUCGUCCGAAUCAAUACUGACAAUCAGAAAGGCAUGAAGCUUCAUUUGUACACCAUCUUACCGGCUUCACUGCUCGUCAUCCUCCAGUUCAUUCCUGUGAUUCGACACAAGAUCAUCUUGUUCCACCGCAUGAACGGCUAUGCUAUAGUCAUACUUUCACUUGUUAGCAAUGCUGGAACGAUCAUAAUCACCAAACACGCUUUCGGAGGUGACUUUGCGACACAGACCUGGACCGGAGCUAUGGUGAUACUCACCACUGUAGGAUACAUCAUGGCCUGGGUCAACAUCAAGUUACUUCAGAUCGACCAACACCGAGCUUGGAUGUUGCGAGUAUGGGCAUGGGUGGGGCGACCAUUUUGCUCUGCGGUGUACAAUGUACUGAUAUCGUGCAGNUUCUCGACCAUCAUCACAAUCCGAAUCAUCAUGAUCAUCUCGGCACAGAUCAUUAGCAUGAGCAGAAAUUGUCUCUUCCAGNNGUACACUGUUCGAACGUGUGCUCAGGUUGCAUUCGCUUUAGGACAGAACGACACCCUUGUCGCUUAUCCACAAUGCAUCGACUACUUCAAUGGCAAUGCACCAAACCUUCCAGUCAUUGUCACUGCCGACUUUGCGAGCGACAAUUCCAUGGAGCUUUCUGCCGCACUCGGAAUUCCUUUCGGAGCAGCGGGGUGGCUUGCCUUAUUAUUGCACACUUUCGCUAUCGAGACAUACCUCGAGAGAGGUAUGUCCAGGCCUGGAUACGCGGGAUUGGUUCCUGAGAGAUUCGGAGACGCAGAGCCAUUCCAGCCCGCCUCGCGCAAGGAAGAAAUGGCUAAGGAAGUGGCUGGUCACAUGUCCGCAGAUUCGAACAGUGAUAUACUCGGCGUUGAGCGAGCAUGGGUCAAGUAG